UCCCAGCAGCAGGCAAAGGAAGCUAACAUGGCCGCGGAUGGUGCGAAGGAUGUGGAGAAGGGUGAACAGGAGCAGGGCGAUGAAAAGCAUGGAGCGUGGCAGGACAACUCCAACCUGAACAUUCCAAAGACCUUUGCUGCAAUGGCGCGGUUCAAUGCUGCUGUGAUGGGCACGGGGGACCGCAUGUGGUUUGCUGACAUGCUUUAUGCCAUGGAAUCCCUCGUGCCCUACAUCGGCAACAUAGACCGGGUUCAGGAAGACUGCGAUGUACUGAUGUUGACGUUGGCCAAAUACGGCCAAAUCAAUCUCAAGGAAUUCCGUUCCGUGAUGUUUGCAAGUCUUAGGUCCCUCCUGCCCACCAAAUGGAGCAACGACCACGAGAAUGCUUGGGCCUGGUUCUGGACCAUUGUGGAGAAGAAGGUGGAAGAGAACAAGAAGCUCCCUGUGUACAACCACCAGUGCUUGAGAACUUUUCUGGCACGCCUCGAUGAAGAGACCCUUGAAGACUUUAAGCUGAAGGUGUUCGACUCCUUCUUCGCAAACUGCGAGGAAUCGCAGCUUUACUUGCGGGCGGCCAACAAGCGCUUGAUGUAUAUCAUGGGGAGGAUCUUGAACAUCAUGUCGGACAUCUACACAAAGACCCACCAAGCGGUCAUCGCUUUGUCUGCUUUGGGCCUUCUUCAUGCCGGCCACGGAGUUCCGGAAGACUUGGUGCGGCCUUUUGUCGCAGCCUUCAUGGGUGGUAUCAAGGAAAACUGCCCAGAUGAGUCCAUACAUGAUGGGCUGUGGUGGACGUUGGAUCUCAUCGGCAGGAUCUUCAUCCGAACGCUGUCAGAAGGCUCCACGCCAGUGAUCAUCGCCAUCAACAGGAACACCUCCAAGGCUAUGAAGCUGGCCGUGGCAAACUAUCCUCGUGGAGAGCGCGAGGUGAUCUUGCUGACGGUUCAGGUGGGCACCGAAUCGAUGUCUCCUUUGAUUUGGGCAGUGGAGAAAGGCGCGCUGGAGUCUGCGAGGGAGAUCCUCAAUGACUUGCUCACCUUGCGUGCGGACCGUGCCCGGUACUACUACGGAAUGGAGAUGUUGUUCACCCGCCACUCGGACAUCAUCAGCCUGCUUUGCACCAAGGCGCCGUCUCUCUUGCCGACGGUUUUUGAUGGACUCAUCUGGCGGUCAAAGAACGUGAAGAACGGCAUGCGCCGCGCGAACUACUACAUCGCGUCCUUGCUCAGGGGCGAAGAUGGCCAGCUGACAGAUUCCCUCCUGGACCUGAUCAAGCAAGGAGACCCCGAGAUCAUUUGUCAUCCCACGGAGCGGUUCACCACCAUUUUCUGCCGAGCGUUCUUGUACAUCGGCAGCCUGGGGCAGCUCUUUGCCAAGCAUGCCUACCAGACCUACCGGGCAGUUCGCCAGAAGCAGAUGACACGCCUUUGCUGCUUGCCGGUGCCCAAAUAUGUGUUGCAAACGCGCCAAGAGUUGACCGAAGUUGCACUCAUGCUGCUCCUGAUGUGUUUGUUGUGUUGCGAGCCAGUGCUCCACUGCCUUGCCGUCAGCAGCGAGCUGCUGACAAACUGCUGCGAGUAUGGGGAAUGGCAAUGCAAUCUGAUCCAGACUUACAACCGCCUAGCCACCUUUCCCAUGGUUCUCUACUUCGUUCUUACCUCUGAGUUGGUGCACCUGAAUGUCCACCUCUCUGUCUUCAGCGUGAUCUGCUCGUGCCUCAUGUGGGAGUUCCUCCUGUAUGUAGCAGUCCUGGCAUUCUUUGCCGCAGCUUUUGCAUCGGCAAUUGCUUGCUUGCCCCAAGCUCUGGCUGCUGAUUCGGUUCACGAGCGGGACUUCUCCAGUUGGCCCCUGGCUUUUGAGUCUUUGCUGUCCUCUGCCUUCAACGUGUAUGGCAGUGACAACUACGAGCAAAUCGCGGUGGCAGAUGAGCCGAUGCUAAAAUGGUUUGUCAUGGCCUUCGCCGCGUGCUGGCACGUGUACCUCAUGAACCUCAUGGUGGCACAGCUCUGCCAGCGCUACAACGAAAUCUACCACGACGCACGGGGCAAUGCUCGCCUGACCCGUGGAAUCAACAUUUAUGAGACCUCCAUGCCCCUGAUUUCCAAGAAACGUUGGACAGCCUUUGUGGAGUCCUUGCACUUGGACGAGGCUUGCGAACUCGAUGAGGGCGACACCGGACCCCGUGGUGCA